AUGAAGUGCGCGCUGAUCGCCAGCGAGGGGGCGGAGGUGCUGUUCUGCUGGGCCGACGAGGAGUUCACAGAGAGCCUGCGCCGGCGUUUCAGCCAGGCGGAUCAAGGGGGGCGUGAGCCGCCUGCCUUCGAGGACAGCAUCAACACACUCUUCGCCCCCAUGAUCAUCUCCUGCGGGACGCUGCUGGAGCGGCUCUCGGACACCUACACCUGCUUCUCGGCUGAGGACGGAGGCCAUCUCUACGUGCUGCACAUGUUCGGGGAGUGCCUGUACAUCGCGGUGAACGGUGACGGCUCGGAGAGCGAGGACGACCUGCGCCGGAAGCUCUACGUGCUGAGGAGACUGGCCGAGGCUCACUUCGGCCUGGUGACGCUGGACUCGCACCUUGUCUGCAAGGAGUUGCGGCCGGCGGACUCGGAGCAGCGCAGCCGUGUGUGGGCCCUGUUCCAGGGCCUGCUCCAGACCUACAGCAGCCUGCAGGAGGCCGAGCAGAGCUUUGCCGUGGAGGCCGUGGAGCGGCUGAUCCACCCCCAGCUGUGCGAGCAGUGCAUCGAGUUCCUGGAGCGCCAGGUGGUGCAGCACAUCAACGCCAGCGGGCAGCGCGGGGGCGAGGAGGUGGUGCACGCCUUCCUGCUGGUGCACACCAAGCUGCUGGCCUUCUACUCCAGCCGGAGUGCCAGCACCAUCCGCCCAGCCGACCUGCUCACCCUCAUCCUCCUGGUGCAGGACCUGUGUCCCAGCCCCAGCGCAGACGAGGACCUGAGCCCCCAGGAUGCGGACGAGAUCUCCAUUCCCGAGGAGUAUUACACCCCCCAGCCCUCGCCCAGCAGGCAGAGCACAGGAGGCGCCAGCUGGUCGGAGGGCUCAGAGCCGCCGGGCUCUGGGGAGGCAGAUGCUGCUGAUGUCCAGGUGGCAGAAGACUCGCUCCAGGCCCUGGUGCCCCCAAUGCCCAACGCCUCCAACCCCAGAAGGAUCUUCCUGGAUGCGAACCUGCGGGAGGGCUACUGCCCCAUGGUGCCCCACACCAUGUACUGCCUGCCGCUCUGGCCUGGCAUCUCGCUGGUGCUCCUGACCAAGAGCCCCAGCACCCACAUCGCCUGCUCCCUGUACCAACUGCUGGAUGGGUUCCUGGUGCUGGAGAAGAAGCUGAGGGAGGGGCAGGAGGUGGGGCCACCCACCCGCUCCCACCCACUCCUGGCUGAGCUGCGCCAGAGGAUGGACAAGUUCGUGAGGAAGCUGGGCAGGCAGGACAUGCAGUUACACAACGCCUGGCUGGAGUUCAAGAGCAAAGCGUUCUCCAGGCAGGAGUCCGGGAGCUCGAGGGAGCUCCUGCAGGCGCUCGGCAACGUGAGGCGGCAACUCUGCUCCGUCUAUCGCCAGCUCUUCCUGACCUCGCUGCCCACCCAGGGCCUGGCCCAGGGCCUGCAGGACUGGGCCCAGAAGCUGGUGCGGGAGAAGCUGCUGGACUGGAGGGACUUCCUGCUGGUGAAGAGCAAGCGGAACAUCACCAUGGUGUCCUACCUGGAGGACUUCCCAGGCCUGGUGCACUUCAUCUAUGUGGACCGCACCGCCGGGCAGAUGGUGGCACCUUCCCUCAACGUGGCCGAGGACUCCGCCUCGGAGCUGGGCAAGGGCGCCCUGGCUGCCUUCAUCAAGAAGAAGGUCUGGUCCCUGAUCGGGCUGGCGCGGCGCUACCUGCAGAAGGGCUACACGACACUCACGCUGCGGGACGGCGACUAUUACUGCUCCUACUUCCUCUGGUUCGAGAGCGAGCUGGGUUACAAGCUGGAGGUGAUCGAGGUUCCCGUUCUCUCCGACGACUCUGCUCCCAUUGGGAUGCUGGCAGGGGAUUACUACAGGAAGCUGCUGCGCUACUACAGCAAGAACCACCCGGCUGAGGGGGUGAAGUGCUACGAGUUGCUGACGCUGCACCUGGGCGUGAUCCCUGCCGAGCGUGUGAUCCAGCAGGCCUGCGACCUGGCCCGCCGGCUCUGGGAGCCCUCCCGCAUCCCCCUGCUCUGA